AUGCACCAAGGUGGCGGGUCCACCAAACAAACCACCAUACCCCAGAGGCGCCCUGGGUCAUCAAACCAAUAUCAAAAUCACUCUCGCGGGUUCAAGCCAUUCGGGCUGCAGCCAGGACAGGGUGCUCCUAUGGAUAUCGGCGCGGUCCAAGGCGGACAAAUGCGCAGAUUCAAGGGCAACUGUUACAACUGCGGCCAAGAGGGACACAUGUCCCGAGACUGUAGAAACGGGGCACAGGCUGCCCAACAAAAAAAUAAUCAAGGGCGCCAGGCGCGCCAACUAGAAACCGAACAGCCGGACGAUCGGCUCCACUCUUUGGCCGGUCGUUCUUACGACGAAAUCCGGGCCUUCUUCUAUGACCAACAGGUCAACGAAAUGAAGGCUCAGGGAAAAGAAUUCGGGGCUUAG